ACUAGAACACCCGAGAAAACCAAUCACCAUAUAUAUAAAUACAUAAUGUAUUAACUAUUAAUCAAACCAUCACCAUAUAACAUACUAAUCAAGCUCACUCACAAGUCCCAACAUAGUCUUAAUUAAUUGAUAUUCCGAUCACAAAUCUUCCAAAAAUGUCUAAACCGAAAGAUCUAGCAAUUUCUACACUUAUGUUUUUCUCAGUAUGGAUUCUCCAAUCAACCGCCUUAGUUCCAUACAGGACGAUGAGGCCACUUUGGGAGGCGAUGACAAACAUAGUUCCCGACGAUGACCCAUUCCGAAUCCUCGACCAAACGCCGUUUACUAAAGAAGCGGAAUCACGGGCGCUGGCACGUGCGGACUGGAAGGAGACAGCGACGGAGCACGUGAUCUCCGUCAACAUUCCGGGUGUGAAGAAGGAAGAUGUGAAAAUCGAGGUGGAAGAGAACAGAGUUGUGAGAAUCAGCGGCGAGUUGAAGGCCGAGGAGGAGCGAGAGGGAGAUAGGUGGCACCGGUCAGAGAGGAUCAGUGGAAAGUUCUGGAGACAAUUCCGGUUGCCUGUGAAUGCCGAUUUGGAUCGGAUUAAGGCCCAUGUUGAGAAUGGGGUAUUGAGGAUCACGGUACCCAAGCAGCCCGAAGAGAGAAAUAGACAGCUCAAGAUUAUUGAGAUUGUUGAACAAGAUCAUAAGCCCUCUGGCGGUGAGGAUAUUAAGGCGACCAAAGCUGAGAUGUAAUUAAUUAUAAUAAACUGGACGAGUCCUUUUUUUUUUCUUUGUUAAUAUUAAUAAUGUAAUUGACUAAUUGUAUAUAAUUUUGAUGUGUUUAUGUGUAUGUCCAGUCUAAUUAUAUUGGGUGUACUUUCAAAUUUUGUUAAAUUGCAUCGUUCACAUCCUACAUUUCUCAAUACAUUUGCAGUUAAAAUUCUAAACUCUCCU